AUGAAAGGGCAGUUUUCCUCAAACACAACUAAGUUUUACACGCUUAAGCCCAAGAUGGGGCUCACACUUAUAUUCGCCUUGUUACUUUUCACUGGGACGUUUGCAGGUCCGAUACAAGAAGUAGUUAUUGCAGAUCAAUGCGCAAGACAAUGUACAGUAUCAAGCAAAUUCAACUAUGAAACCGGACAAACCUAUGAAUUCAACUACGAAACGGAAAUUCGAACAGCGAUACAAGGUGCAUCAGAAGACCAAGCCGGUGUGGAUUUAUCGGCAAAGGUGUACUUAGAUUUCCUCUCAAAAUGUGAAAUGGUCAUGCGGCUGAGUGAUGUCAGACUGACAGAACAAGACCCAGAGACGUCUACCAUGAAGUCAGUGACUUCUGACCUUAUUUCUGGUCUGGAACAAAAUCCUCUAACAGUCUCUUUCCAAGAUGGCAACAUUGAGGAACUUUGUCUGUCAAAACCAGAAAGUGACAAAAUAUUGAACAUCAAGAGAGGUAUACUGUCCCUCAUCCAGAACAACAUGGAUGAUAUCAACAAAGACCAGAAAGUCACUGAAGUUGAUGUGUCUGGUAAAUGUGAAACCGAAUACACAUCUAAAGAUAAGGGAUGGUACAACAAAUUGAUCACGAAAUCCAAGAAUCUUCUGGGAUGUACUGGUCGUCAAGGCAGCAACACAGCUAUCCAAGGAAUUCCUUACUCCUCUAAUUCAGAUGUGCAGUCAGUCCCGCUUAUCAAGAGCACACACGAGGUCCAACAGGAAUUCGCAAAGUCAACCGGCCGACUUCAGUCUGCAACAUGUCAUGAGGAGCACACAUUUGUCCCUUUCUCUAGAUCAGGCAGUGGAGCUAUCACACACAGUACCCAAACUCUGACAUUCGUAAAGGAAUACAAGUCUCGUUCUAAGCCAGAACAAAUUUCGGUAAGGGUACCAAUCCAGUUCCAACACUCUAGUGGAAAUAGCGCUGAGCAGACAAGAAAAGACAUGGAACAAAAACUGAUGGACAUUUGCCGCAACACAAAAGACGGAGUUACACCAGAAACACCUAAUCUUUUUACAUCGUUGGUUCGCACCAUGAAGGCGAUGGAGUCGAAAGAUCUUGUAGCUAUUUACCAGAAAAUUAAGAGCAAGGAGAUAUGCUCCGUAAACAACGACAGAGUAAGAAAAUUCUUCCUCGAUGCCAUUCCUAUGUCUGGAACCAUAGAAAGCCUCAAACUCAUGGUCAAACUCCUAACCAGCGGUCAGGUGACGGGUUUAGAUGCCGACAUGUGGAUGACAUCCCUUGCUUUCAUACAGAACCCAUCUAUUGAUAUGUUAGCUGAAGCAAAGUCACUGCUGUCCAUGACAACCAACCAGGAAAAGGCUAUGCUGUCAGUUAGCUCUUUGGUACACACUGUUUGCAAGAACAACCCAAGCUGUGAUAACUUCCUUGAAGUGAAGAAGAUCAUUUCCCUUCUGGAAAGCAAAAUUGCCCCUUCAUGCAAGAUAUCAGACGACACCUUCCGCACAAGCCUUUUGGCAUUAAGAGCUAUUGGUAAUGCUGGAUAUGGUACAAGCGCCAUUCCUACCUUGACAAAAUGCUUCAAAAGAACUGAAAAUCCUAUCGAGAUUAGACUUUCCGCCAUAGAGACAUUCCGACGCAUUCCAUGCAAAGCUGAUAAGUCGACGGUGUUAUCUAUUUUCGUCGAUACCGAGGAAGAUUCUGAAGUCAGAAUCGCCGCCUACAAAUCAUUGAUGGAAUGUCCUUCUGAUUACCUAAUCAGCAAAGUAAAGGGUAUGCUUGGAAAGGAAGAAGUCAACCAGGUUGGAUCCUACGUAUGGUCCCAUCUAACCAACCUCAUGGAAACCUCGAACCCACAUAAGCAGGCAGUUAGAUCAGUCCUAGAAGAUGAAACUUUACAAAAGGAAUUUAACAUGGACAAAAGGAAAUUCUCUAGGAACUAUGAAAAAUCCCUAUUGAUAGAAAGGAUAAAUACUGGAGCCGUUGCUGAGGGCGAUAUCAUUUGGUCUUCAAAGUCUUUUAUUCCUAGAUCAGCGAUGGUGAAUCUCACAGUUGACCUGUUUGGAAACGCAAUCAACCUCUUUGAGAUUGGAGGCCGAAUUGAAGGUCUUGAAUACUUCAUUGAAUCUUACUUUGGGCCAAAUGGUUACUUCAGUGAAAACGACGUUCAGCAAGCAGUGGAAGAAACGGCAGUAGACGUCGUCAAGUCGGACAAAGUCAAACGUAUUGACAAGAGGAACAACCGUGUCAUGGAUGAACUUCGUGGAUCCCUUUACAUGAGAGUAUUUGGCAACGAACUCCGGUACAUGAAUUUCCAGGGACUUGACUCAUUAUUUUCCCAGAACAGUUUUAACUUCCUCGAUAUGAUGAUGAAAUUUAGCAAAGAAAACGACUAUCAGUACACACACAGUUCAAUGUUUAUGGAUAGUUCAAUGAUUGUUCCAACUAGCUCAGGUUUCCCAUUGAACCUCACAGUUAACGGAACUGCCACCAUGGACUUCAAAGCGUCCGGUAAAAUGGAUGUCAUGAAAUUCCCAACAAUGGACAUUCAUGGAAUAAUCAAACCAAGUGCUGCUGUAGUUGUGUCAAGUCAAAUGGGAGUUGAUGCUCUAGACACACAAGUUGGAAUAAAAAUGGUAUCGACCCUCCAUUCAAGUACUUCAGUCCAAGGAAAAGUUUCAUUAUCAGAAGGAAGCAUUGUCAAUGUCGAACUUGAUCUUCCAGAAGAGAAACAAGAAAUUAUUAGUGUCAGUUCUUCCUUUUACACCAUACACCGUCAUAUGGAGAGAGAACAGAAAAUGAUAACAGAAAAUCGCCAGGAACACAAUGCCUGCACUGGAAAUAAGCUAGCUAAGAUAACUGGCCUGGAACUUUGCGGUGAACUAAGCUUCCCAAACGCAUCACUGGUAGAAAAUGCACCGUAUUUCCCACUAACAGGACCGGUCAAAGCUGGAAUUUCUCUCUACAAACGUGACACAAGAAUGACUGGAUACAAACUCGAGGCAAGGUCAACACAUAGUGCUGAUGAAAACAUUAUUCGUCUAGCUUUCUCAACUCCAAACUCAAGAACUGAUAGGAAUUUCGCAUUGGACCUAAAUCUAAACAAAGUCCAAGGAGCUUUUGAUGCAAGCUUCAGUUCACCUUGGAAGACAGCAGACUUUAAAGGAACAUUUAUUAACGAUAAAACAAACAAGGGAAUCAGCGGGAAAAUGAACUGGGAUGGAUCUGUCCGCUUUGAUGUCAAGGCAAACUUACAGUCUGAAAAAUCAGGUCCAGGAAUGUUGUAUUCACCAACCAUACAAAUUUCUAUUCCCGGAAUGAACAAAGUUGGUCUCAGUGGAACAAUCAAAUACGCAGCAUGGAAGAUCUUUGAAACAGAUUUUUCUCUUACUGGAAUCAAGUCCACCCCUAUCUCUGUAAAAAGUUCUAUUCAAAACAAAGCAAAGAUAAUGAGUGCAAGUGCCAGCCUGCAAGUGUCACCCAAACAAGUAUAUUCGGUAGAUUCAUCGGUACAGACGACUGAAUACAAGCAAAAGAUCGUAUACAAGUCACAAAUCUCCAUCCGCUCUCCAUCCCAAGAACUUUUAGCAUUUGCUGGAACGUAUACAAAUGUUUAUGGAAAGAACAUUGAACUAGAUAUUGUUGUGGACAAACUUGUUGAAAAACCGGUCAUGCUUAAGACAAACCUAAUUACCAAAUCAUUCCGACGAGGACGUUUGCAAAAGAUAGUCAGGGUCGAUUUCAGAUCAAAAGUUAUGGAUAUAAAAAUGAAGAACAAAUUCGACAAUAGAAAUGGCAAAACCUUCGCUACAGAUACGGAUUUGACUUACGUUAUCCGUAGAUAUGCAAGAGAUAACAUAAAACUGGUCACUAAGGUUAUCAAUCAGAGCAGCAAAUCCCUUAUGAAGGCAAGGGCUUCUAUAAAUUUAGCUUCCAAACGUAAUCCGGCAGCAAAUCUGAAACUAAUCGGCAAUUUAAAUCACAACAAGAGACAUUCUGAGAUUGAAACUGAUAUAGCAUAUGGACCAGAUUUUAAAGACGCUAAUAAACAAGUCAGUUUUUCCAUGUCCAUGGACAGAGCAAUCAAGAGUUUGUCACAAGUAUCCGCUUCCCUCAGUGGAAAACUUCUCGUCGGAUCGGGCUUUAGAAUCAUUAGCAAACUGGACCACUCGCAUGAUCCUAAGUCACUGGACUCAAACGUGAUGCUCCGUAUCAACAAAGAUGCCGUUACAUCAAGUCUAAGUCUAAAAGAUACAUCCACAGACCUUAAAAGUCUUUCCGGACAAUUCGAGCUGGAACUCCCGGGAAAGAGCAUUGUUGUUUCUCAAAUCGUCAAAGAAAAUGCCCCAAACGAUUUCACAAGCACAAUGAAUGCAAAAUAUGGAAAGUCCAAGAAUACCAUUGUAACGUCAUGGAAGAAGGUUGCACCAUCAGCUCUCACCAUUUCCUCUGACAUUGAUCUCAGUUCGGCUGAUCCCAUCAAAAUAAAUGCAGAAUAUACUCUUGGACCAGAACAGUAUAAGUUUGGCGGUUCUUUCCAGAAGGCGACAUCUAAAUACAGUGCCGUUGUCACAUCUCAAGUAGAAAUAGGAAAGUCCAUUCAGAUUUCAACUGACCUUGAAUGCCCAUCUCGACAUGUUAUUGGAAAUUUUGAAGGCUCAAAAUCUAAUAACAAAUACAUUAGCCGAGCAGAUGUACGAUGGAAUGCUGACAGAGAUGAUGCUCAGCGUAUAACUAUCAAUGGUAAUGGGCAAAUGUCAAGUCUUGCUGAUGUUGAUGGAUCCUUUACAGUCCAAUAUCCAGGCAGAACUGUUGCAGUGAACGUGAGAAAUAGUAUAGGCAAGAAAUAUGCAACACACGUAGACUUCCAGUGGGAGCCUAAAAAGAUCAUUUCAUUUGACUCUACCUUUGGAGACUACAGCAAAUCAGACAGUCGGGAAAUAAUAAGUACCAUCAAACUUGGUACUCCUUUUAAUACACUUAAAUCUCUUGAUAUAGCUUUGGACCAUCAAAUCAAUUCUGGCAUGUAUCAGACAAAAUUAGAUGCGCAGUGGAAUCCAAAACAAACGAUAUCUGCUACCUUGACUGCAAGAAAACCAAUGACACUUAAAAGCAUUGAUAUUGACUUUAUUGGUAAAGCUCCUUCCCUGGGAUACAGAACAAUUCAAUCAUCACUUAAACAUAACAUUGGAAAUGGUGUGUCAACCAUAUGGAAAGUUGUUCUCAACAGGCAAUCCGUGCAGGUGGACAUGUCCCUCCUUAAUAACGGCGACGAAAGUACGACCGACAUCAAGGGUCAGGUAGAUGUUAAAACAUCAUUCCGUCAGCUAAAAACCGCAACCGUAACAUUUUCUCACAGGAACAAUGGAAGAAAGAUUGAUACCAGCGCGCUGUUGAAAUACAACAAGAAGCAAUAUGGCAUAGAAAGCUCAAUGAAGGGCAAACUUCGUGGCUUAGAAGUGAACACUGAUGGUGACAUUAAAAUACAGCUUCCGUCUGAUACGAUCAGAGCAACUUGGGGACACAAGAAUUCUAUGUCUGAAAUCAUAACAACAUCUGAAAUUACUUGGGACAAUAAACGUGUGUUUGUAAGUUUCAAGGGACUACAAGAUCUUAGUCUUCCGACUGGAACACUUUCUGCAGCGUUGGAAAUCCAAACACCAUUCAACGUCAUUAAAGAUGUUGUUUUCCAACUGAAUCAUCUUCACAAAACUGGCAAAAUUGAUUCAACACUCAUGGUCACUAAUAACGGUAACAGCUUGGCAACAAUUGAAGGUAAAUAUUUAAAUGAAAAUGGAAAAAUAACAUCACGAUUCUCUACUUCGAAUCCAUGGUAUGAUGGUCUAUUAACAGCCGUUCUGAGCGCUGACUAUGAAAUAUACCCAAUGACAGGCCGUCUUGAAAUGUCAAUGACACCACUAAAAACACUCACACUUGACGGAUCAAUUAAUAAAAGUCCAAAUGGAGAUAUAGAUACAUCACUAACUAUUUCAGUUCCUAACAGGCCAGCCAUUGAACUUUCAGCAUCAAGACAAAAGGAAGGUUCAUCAGUUAAUUCAGUUAUAUCACUGAAAUACGAAGACGGCAAGGUCAUUCGCAUUGAUAGUCUCCAUCGCACUGGUGCAGUAAAACAACUCAAAUUAAAGUUUACAUCUCCAUUUACUACGGAAUAUUCUGCUGAAGGUGUGUUCCAGGCAUCAAGAAAUAGCAUCAGAGCAAAUGCCAAUAUUGAGGCAGAACCUUUGCUUAGCAGAUGGUCGGUUACGGCAAGUUUAGACAGGACUAACGGAAUUUCUGGAACCUUGAAGGUAAACACACCAUAUCCUGCUGUUUCCUACAGCCAGAUUUCCAUUCUAAGUGAAAUAGUAGACGGUUCCAGACAGUCAUCAGUUGUAGCUGAAUAUGUUCCAGGUCGUAUUGUAAAACUGACCAGCAUGUACCUUUUCAAAUCUAAUAAAGACAUGCAAGUCACCUUGGAAUUAUCAACACCUUUUGAAAUCAUAUCACAUGCGUCUACAGCUUUCAGACACCAAGGUGGUUCGUCAGCUUUCUCAAAUUACUGUGAAGUUGAAUACAAAUCAGAAAAGAUUUCUGUUGAGUCUAAAUUUUCGAUGUCUAAUGGUAUUCUGAGUUCAGUUCAUAUCAAAUCUCCUUACACACAGGACUUUUCUGGGACUAUUCGACAUGACGGGACUAUGAAUAACUUUGCAAGUCAUUGUGAUGUUACAUGGGGAAAGACAGUUUCGGCAGAUUUAAAACAUCAAGGAUCAUACAAAAGAUUUUCAAGUUCUGCAAAGGUAUCUUCUGAUAGCUCUAGUUAUUCCGGAAAUAUCAAUUUUAAUCUUGGGCCAAAAAUGUCUACUGACAUAUCUAUUGAAACUCCGAUAGAAAAUUUUGAAAAUGUGCGUAUUUCACAUGCAUUUGAAGGCCAUUUCGCAAAAUUUACCAACCAUGCUGAAAUAUCAUCAUCUGGCUUUGGAACCAUUUCGUCUGAUGUAAAUUCUGAUAUUGAGAAUUCUAUUUCAUUGACAGUUUCAGCACAAACACCAUUUACGAAUUUCAGGGAUAUGAAAGCAGUAUUUACACAUGAAGGCAGCCUUUCUCGCUUUACAACACAUGUUGAAUUUCAGAACGGAUUAUCUAAAUAUUCUGGAGACAUGAAACUUAAUACAGAACCAGCUGUUAGUUUUGAAACAAUAUUCAGGACACCAUUCAAGAAUUUCAAGAUGACAAGAUUGUCCUUGACUAGCGAAGGAUCUCUAAAUAACUUCAAACUCCAUGUUGAGACACAGCUUAAUAAGGAUACCUCUGAGGUAGAUUUGGUUUGCAACACUCAAAGGAAAUACGACAUUGAUCUGACAAUCAGAAGCCCAUACACUAACACCAUAAAAGCAUCUUUGGACCACUGGGGAAAUUGGAAAAAGUUCCAAAGUAAACUCAAUAUACGUUCUGGAAAAGACAAACUACUGUCAAGCAUUAAAUUUGCAAUCAGGCCUACGUUUAAUGCAAUGAUCUCCAUUAAUUCCCCAUUUGCAUAUCUUAAAAAUCAACAACUGUCUCUUAAGCAUGCCGGAAGUUUGAACAGUUUCAAAUGUAAUAUGCAAUAUAAUUGCAAUGGGAAAACAUAUGUAGGUGAUGCUUCCUUCCAGAACCUUAAUUCUCUUAAGGCUGAACUCAAUUUGAAGGGCCCUACCUUCCGACCAAUCAAUGUAGCAGUUUCACAUGACGGUACACUCUCUAAUUUUAAGUCUGCAGCAGCCAUGUCAAUGGGAAGGAAAUCGAUUCAAGCAGAUGCCAACGUUAACGUGGUGAAAGGUAUUAAAGGCAGUAUAGGUCUUGUUACUCCAUUUGAAGGCUUUGAAUCAAUGAACGCCGCUAUUUCUCAUGCAGGAGAACUAAACAAUUUCAAGAGCCAUGGUGAAAUCCAAUUCAAUCGCAAAUCUGGACAAAUAGAUGUAACUGUCGAUGCAACACAUGAUCUUUCCGCCACCAUCACAAUUACAACUCCUUUCAAAGGAUACAGAGACAUAACUUCCACACUAAAAUAUACUGGAACCAUCGAUAACUUCAAUACUUUGGCAACGUUUUCAAGAGCGGGCAAAUCUAUUGAAGGACAAGCAUCUUUCCAAACAAGUCCGCUCUUGUCUGGUAGUGCAUCUGUUCAAUCAAGUUUUGCAUCUGUUGGUAAUUAUGACAUGUCUUUCAGUCAUGAAGGUACCUUGUCUAAAUUCAGUACAAAUGGAGAGCUGAAUAUUGGAGAUAAAAGAUCAACUGCUGGGGUAGCAUUUGAUUCUAAAAACGGCUACGAAGGAAGAGUAAGCAUUGAUUCCCCAUUAUUGAAGAAGACGGAGGUUCAGAUUAGACAUACUUCCACAGACAAUUCCCUCAACACAAAUGCUUUCUUUGCACACAACAAUGUGAAACAAUAUAGCAUCCAGUCAGACCUGAGUCGUAAACCAAUGAGUGGGAUUGUGACAAUUACUACUCCGCAUGAAGGCUAUGAAUCAACGGAAUUGUCUCUUCAUCAUGACGGAACUGCAAAUGACUUUAGGACAAGUCUUUCACUCGAUAUUCUAGGAGGCAGAUAUGAAAGUGAAAUUCUGUUUGCACCAUUGCCAGAUAUGCAAGUUUCACUUGCACUUAGAUCGCCACUUUCUAAAGAUAUUGAGGCUAGUAUUUCAUACCAGGGUAAACCAACAAACUUUAAUUCGAGGUUCAAUUACCUAUUCGGAAGAGAAAGUAAGAUGCUUAUAGAAACAAAUCUUAAUGCUGAAGGACCUUAUUCUGGAAAUAUGAAAAUCAUUUCACCUCUUAUGAAAAACAUAAAGGCAUCAUUCAGCCAUGACGGUGGAUUAAACAACUUCAAAUCCGAGGCAGAGAUAACGUAUGCUGGAAAGAGUACUGAGGCUCGUAUCAGUCUUCAAACAAAUCCAGAUAUUGAAACAACCGUUCAUUUUACCUCACCUUUAACAAAAGAUCUUGAUAUCAAUUUUGCUCAUUACGGACCAUGGACAAACUGCAAAUCUAAUGGCGCUAUCACCUAUGGCGGUCAAAAACAUCUUGAUAUUGAUGGCCAGUUUAACUUUGAUUCAAAUUUGAAUGGUGAGCUGAAGAUAUCUACAUCAGCUCCAGGAUUUAGUAAAAUGUCAACAAAGGUUAGUCAUGAAGGCGAUCUAUCCAGGUUCCAGUGCCACGGUGAAUUUGCACUUGAAGACAAAGUCGUAAUUGGGGACAUUAAAUACAGACCAACUGAAGGAAGUGUGAAAAUAUCUACCCCGUUCAUUACAGAUUUUGAUGGAUCGUACAAAUACAGUCCAAAUGAAGGAAGCAUUAGCUUGUCAACACCAUUCAUGAAAGAUGUACAGGGAAAUUACAAAGUAAAGGAUGCACUUCAUAAUUCCGUAUCUGAUGUUGCUUUGUCGUAUGGAUCGACGAAACUCUUAGGAAUUCGUGGAAACAUGGAUUACCCGAAAUCUGGUGAAAUUUCUCUUGAGACAUCUAUACAGGGAUAUGAAAAUACUCGCAUUGCUCUGACACGUAGAGGUGACAUGGGUGGAAACGCUGAAUUUGAACUCAAUGGGAAGAGACAUCAAGCUGUUCUAUUAAUCAAUUCAAACGAACGAAAGAUUUCUGCGUCAGCAUCAGUGAAUUCCCCCGUGAUUCCAAAGAUAUCUUCAGAUAUUAGUUUUAGUGGAACACUGUCGAACUUCAAAUCGCACACUGACUUUGUUUUCAGAAAUGACAAACACGCAAUUGACUCACAUUUUUCGAUGGGAAGAAAUAUAGAAGGAAGUAUGCUCGUGAAGUCUUCGCUUAUCCCAGAACUUUCUGUGAAUUUCAACACAAACAAAGAUCUUUCAAACCUUAUUUCCUCAGCUGAUAUCUCAUUUGAUUCCAAAAAGAUAUUCAACACGAGGUCAACACUACAAAACGCUAAUAGAAAGGCAAUAACCAUUGAUGUAGUGAUUCCUGACAACUCUUUCAACUUUGCAUCCACCUUAGAUGGGAUACUUACAGAUUUUAAUGGACACGUAGAGACAACUGUGAAUAGUGUGAAAACCGAGGCAGAUGCCAGUUUCAGUUUGAAACCAGUUUCAGUGAGUGUUUCAUUGAAAUCGCCAUGGACAGGACCAGUCAGUUCAGCUUUCAAUCUUAAUGGAAAUAUUGCGGAUUUCAAAGGACAUGGUGAAUUUUCCUACAACCAUAUCAAGAAUGAGGGCGACAUUUCAUUCGGAAUGUCCCCACUGAGAUCCGAUAUUACGUUCAAAUCGCCGGUAAAAGAUGUAACCGUUUCAUUUGCUCACGACGGAAACCUUAGAAAUUUCAAAACCCAAGCAGACGUUAGCAUUGAUGAUCAGAAACUUGAUGCCGAACUCAUCUUCAAUAUUGAAACAGCUAUUGAGGGAAGUGCAAGAUUUAAUAUGCCUAACAUGAAACCUAUGAAGGCAUCAUUUGAGCAUGCUAAUACUUUGAACACCUUGAGAAAUCUUAUGUCUAUGGAGUACGGAGAAAACACUCUGGCAAGCUCAGAGCUUACUCUUUCAUACAACCCAGUCAAAGCAACUAUUUUGAUAAAAACACCUUUUGAUGGCUACAAAUCUGUGUCUGCUCUCUUCAAUCACACCGGAGGAAUGUUGGACUUUGACAAUCAUGCUGAAAUAAUCAUUCAAGGCAGAAAAUCUCAGGCAGAAAUGACGUUCAACUUUGGCUCAAAACUUGAAGGAAGAAUUUCUGCGAGCAGUCCAUUUUUCCCUUCAUCUGGAUUAGGAUUUAAAUUGUCUGGCAAUUUAGCUAAAUUUUCAACUGAUGCUGAUUUGACAUUUGGAGAUAACAAAUAUUCUGUAGAUGCCUCAAUUGACAGCAGGGUAGGCACUGAUGCAUCAGUAACAGUAAACACUCCAAUAAAGGGCUACAAAACUGUUUCAGCAAAACUAAGUCAUACAGGUCAAUAUCCUAGGAUGAAUUCUUUUGCACAAGUGAAGACAGGUCGUAGAAACUUGUUAACAGGAAGCGCACAAAUGGACAAUACUGAUCGAAUUAGUGGCAGACUAUCACUUCAGUCUAUAAUGACGCCUACAAUUCAAGCUAACAUGGAACAUAUCGGAAGUUUUUCAGAUUUUAACACAAAUGCUGACCUUAGCAUUAACGGAAAGCCAAUUUCGGCAAUUGUAGGAUUCAAAACAACCCCAUCAGUAUCAGGCAUCUUGUCGCUUACUUCUCCCUUCACUAGUCCAGUGUCUGGAUCGUUUGAAUUUAAAUCUCUAAAGCAAGAGAUCUCUCUACAUGUAGAAGGAAACCUUGAAGGCAAAUCAGUAGUUGGUGAUGCAUCCGUUGAAUAUGGCAAUACUAUUGGCACAAACGUUGCAAUCAAAACACCAUUCACAGGCUUUGAGGAGAUGAAAGGUUCAAUUAAAUACAUUAAAGAAUACAAAGGAUUUACAAGCAAUGCAGAUAUUGAGUUUUCUGGAAAGAAAAUAGAAGCUGAGGCUAAGUCAAGCUGGAGACAAGCAAUAACAGGAUCCCUUUCAAUAAGGACACCGUAUGAAACACUUGGAAGCUCCUCUGCAGAAUUCACCAUGGACGGAGCCUUCCCAAACAUUCAGACUGAAAUGAGCGUUUCACAUUCUGGACAAAAGUACUACUUGAGUGGUGCAAUUGAUAAUGAUAAUGGUCGAUUAAUGAUAAAUACACCUUUCAAGGGUUUUGAAGCCUUAGAAUCUUCUUUCAGUUAUAAAGGCACCAAAGAAAACAUGCAGACUGAAGCAAGGGUAAAUUAUAUGACCGGAAAGGAAAUCUUCGUUUCAUUCCAAAACGUUCUGACCAAUGAAAGUCUUCAGACAAAAGCUAGAAUUGAAACACCAUAUACUGAAGAUAUAUCUUUGGAUUUGAACUUCAAUGGACAACUAACUGACUUUUCGAAUACGUUAACUAUUACAAUGGGCGAGGUGAACGCAGCUACUUCCACAACAACUUUUAAACUUCAAGGCACUUCUCUUGACCUCGAUACAUCACUCCGUAGCACGCUUGCUGGAUAUUCUGAUGAACAGAAAUUAAGUGUUUCAUACGAAGGACUUUUGCCAAACAUGAAAGCAUCUGCAAAUGCCAAAUUUCUUGGUAGCUACUUCUCUUUUGAUACAUCUUUGCAAGUUGAUGACACCGUAAAUGGUAUGGUUGCUCUCAAGACACCUUUUGCUAAUCUGAAAGAUGUUGCUUUCAAUUUUGACCAUGCCGGAUCGUCUAGACGAUUUACGACCAAAUCUGAAGUUCAGUACGAUACCAACAAAAAGAUAGAGGGAACCCUUCAGUAUGUUAAAUAUGGAUGGAGGAGACUACAAACUUCAUUAGAUGUCCGAACACCAUUUGCUGGAUUUGAAACAUCUAAAGCAUCUUACCGACAUACUGCUUCUGUUGAUAGUUUUGAAAGUGACGCUGAUGUUAAUUUUAUGAACAAAGACUUCAAUGGAAAUAUACGUGCGUCUAUGACACCCUUGAGUGCAUCUAUUUCUGCUACAACACCAUUUGCUGGAUUUGAGCAAAUUGGAGCAGACUCAAAGCUGACAUACAGCAGUGGGACAUUUAAUGCUGAAGCUAAUGUUCAGUACAUGCAGGGCAAAACAAUAUCUCUUUCAUCUAGUGCAGAUAUAACCUCAACGCCAAAAUCAGCAAACAUCAAGCUUACAACACCUUUUCAGGGCUUUGAAAACUCCGAAAUCAUACUGAGUACCAGAGGUGAUUUAAGUAACUUUCAGUCUACUAUGGCGGUCUCGUCACCCUUUACUCCUGCCCUGCGCGCACGGGCAAGUAUGAGAUAUACUUCAUUUAAAAACAUAGAAGGCUCCGUUACUUUCACCAGCCAAAUCAAAAACUUCGAAAAUCUGAGAUUUACUUUGAAAAAUGAGGCUAACCGUGAAAAAUAUGACAGCAAAAUAGAGAUGUCUUGGGCUCCAUCAAAAUCAGUCACCUUUGAUGGAUCGUUUACAGUCAAAAGAUACGAAAUGAGUGCCGAUAUGACAUUAUCAACUCCAUUCCAAGCUAUGAGACAGCUGAAUUUGAAAUCUGAAACAACUAACCGGUGGUUAAUCUCUCAAAAACUUUAUGGAAAAUACAAUGGAAAUGUUUUUGCUGAUCUGGACCUAAGCGCAAAUUAUGGGAACAAAAAGUCUGCUUCAUUGCUCAUGCGUUCACCAAGGACACUACUAGUUGAACUUGAAGGGUCUAUGGAAAGCAAAUACGAGGCAGGUUUAACCGUGUCAGCUGAUAUUACCAACGUGAAUAACGGUGUUAAAGUCAAUGGUGUAUUUGACCCAAGAAUAAAUGCCCUUUCAAUAAAACACACAUGCCCAAUGAACACUAUAUCUCUCGACGGCACCUUCGGCAAAUCUAACACCAAAUUUGAGAUGAUCAUGAAUGGCAACCGUUAUGGCUAUGACAUGACAAUCACUGGCACUGAUGGACAGGUCAAAAUUAUUUUGCCAAGUAGAAGUCUGAAAGUAAGUGGGUCUCAAUCAGCUGGUGCAACAGAAGGUUCAUUUAUGUGGGAUGCUGACAAAGAUGAGACAAGAAAAAUUGGAUUUCGAUCAGUUCUGAGACCAACCAGUGAUUCAGUGAAGGCUGACAUCACGCUUAUGAUGCCAAGCAUUGGAAAGGAAGUCCAGAUGGAUUCACAAAUGAGUUUGAACAAGGGGCGUAUUCUCUUUGACGGAAAAACUGAACUGACGUAUUCGAGUGACAGCCGGAAGAAGUUCACAAUAAUGUCCCGCCUAGAGGACAUCUCAAACAGCUGGUCAGCUAAAAAUUACAGCUUCACUUUCGGCAUCAGUCAUCCAUAUACAAGCGUUGAUGUCCAGGUGUCAUCUCAGUUUGGAAACUCAAACCAGAAAAUUACAGGAGGUAUCAGUAUGAAUUACCUAACAGUGAAGAGAGACGUCAGAACAUUCUCAGUGAAUGGUGAAAUUGAUAAAGCCCGCAAUGCGUUCUCCCUAGAUAUGGACACACCUAUGAAAAAGAUAGGAAUCAAUGGUAACGCUCAAACUAUUUCUCCAUACCGCCUCUCACUAACUAACAAAUACGACGCCAAGCGCCCACUGAAUACAGUCUUCUCAUUUGACCCAAGCAAACGAAGCAUUGACUUCCAGAUGAACUACGAUCUAGAUAAUCCAAGCAGUGAGUUCCAUCUCAGCGCCAAGUAUAUAAACAGUUCUGCUGUUGCUGCCGAGAUGUUUCAUGUUGUAAACAGACAGAAAGUCGCUGAUGUUCUUCUUGCUCUCAGACUUAACACAUCAAGUCUGCUUCAUAGCCGUAUUCACUGGAGACCAGAUAUGAUCAAUGAUCUCAAGGCCUUGUCCAACAGAAAAAUGAAUACAUAUGAACGUCGUCUUAGAAAUUUCGCUGAUGUAGCCCUAAACCAUAUGACUUUUGAACUCGAACAAAAGGUUCAGCUGAUUGGCAACUCUUUUGCUGAGGAACUAGAGCCAGUUGCCGCCAUUGCUGAAGAGAAUCUGGAAACGCUAUCUAAGAUGUACGAGACCAAUGAAUAUUACCUCAGAGAUUUAACUGAUGCUGUUGUUCUGAACCUAGCACAAAUGGAAGAGCUAUCGGAAGAAUACAUCAAUCUCCUCAGAGCGAAAAUAGAAGAGAGACUUGCUCGCUGUUUGGGAAACUGCAGAGAAAGACUUCAGGAUACGCUGACAAAAGUUGAAGAAGCAACUGGAUACAUAGCGUUGAAGACGGCUUAUUAUUACAGGAAAUAUACAGAUCAUGCAUACAAUAUCAGCAAACCAAUGAUUGAAACUGUCAAUGACAAAUACAACAACUACGUGCAAUAUAUGAACCAAAUCAACACUUCUCCUCUUUCAAACAUGGCUGAUGCAUAUACCGCUGCCAUUUAUGCUGCCCAUGACGUCAUCAGCUCAAAAUUGUCACCACUAAUGGAUCGAGAUGAUGUCAGAUAUGUCAAGUCAAUUUCCGACAGAGUAUAUCAACAGGGCCACAAUGCGUACAAGUACUGGGAGAUUCGCGAAAAUACAGAGAUGGUUGGAAAAGCAGUUGCCGACUGGAUAAGAGAGGAAAUCGAAAAAGAAAUCUCAGAUAUCAGAGCCACUGUCAUGAACCUAUUGAAAUCAAAAGUUACAGUCUACGAUCUCAAAAAUGGAGAAAUUCAAACGGAAUUCCACCUCCCAAUUCCUCUUAAAUCAUUGGACGUAAUCCCAAAAGUUGACUUCAUGCCAUACGUAGCAAAGGCCAAGUCAUAUAUUCCAAAUAUGCCUUCAUUGUCAAUGCCAUCAACUGACGUCAGAACAUGGUUGCCACCUUUUAAUGCCAUGGCAACAGUCGAAGGAAACAAAAUAACAACAUUUGAUGGUUUGACAUAUGACAUUGACAGUAGCUGCACAUUCAUGCUUGCACGAGACUAUGUCAAUUCCAACUUCUCUGUUAUCCUAAACAGGGAUGGAAACAACAAAACCAUGGUUAUCGUCAAAGGGCAAACUUCCAUCAACAUUUUCUCUAAUGGAGAGGUCGCUGUAAAUAACAUGCCAGUUGAACUACCAGCUGUUCUCAAGGACGUUACAGUUACAUCUCUUGAUGGUCACGUGACAGUAAACGUUGCUGGUCACCUUAAUGUUGACUACUACAAAGAUCUCGAUACAUAUAUGGUCAAACUGAAUGGAUAUUACUACGGCAAGACCAACGGUCUCCUUGGUUCCUAUGACAACGAGCCAUCCAAUGAUAUGAUGACGUCGUUUGGAAAGGUCACUAGCUCUACCGAGAGAUUUGCUAAGACCUGGGACGUAGGCACUGAACGUUGCCGUUAAACACAGGACUUAAUAAACUGACAUAAUAAACUGACCAAGAAAACAAACAACAUGAGAUUAUAAAACUUUUGAUAUAAAAUGAUUUUAUUUGUGAUUUUAGCUUCAACUUAAACAGACAUCUACAGACUAUGUUAUAACUCCUGAACCGCAAAACUAGAAUCAGAUUUUGUUAUUCUGAUAUAUUAAACGAUAAUAUUUUCUCGUAGUAAACAUAUUUGCAAAUACAAAAUGAUGUGUACAAAACUGUUUGUCUAAUAAAAUCAAUAAAAUGAAAUGAAAGCAUA